AUGUCGUCUCUUCUGAGGGAGGAGAUGCAGCGAGUUUUAUUCCGACCUUCAAAACAAAGACUGGUGGAGUUCAUUGAGAUCGAGGAGCCGACGCAGGGACGACAUUUUCUUUGUGUUGCAGUUGCAAAAAACAAAGUGGUGGAGUUGUGUAUAGUGCGAUGUCAGAUCUCUGAACCGUCACUUAACACUGGCUCCAAAAAGACGGACACUAAGCGCUCCAGCAUCCAGGACAGCUACAGGAGGACUGAGGUCUGGUCCCUGCAUGACCUGACUCUUGUGGAUGGACGGGACGCCGAUGUGGAUGACCCAUGUUUUCUGCUGCACUUUGACAAAGUGCGGACAGUGACGGCCGUCAGCUGCUCAGCCAAAUAUGCCAUCGUGCGAGCCCUGGUGGCGCUCAGCGAUCAGCACUGCCAGAUGUCACUGAACCUGCGGAACUUUGACUGGAGCUACAUCAAGCCCACCUCCUUCUACUCCAACCGAGGAGACUGUGUUGUUCUGACACAGAUCUGCUUCUAUGCAUUCAAUCUGGUGUGUCUGUCCAUGUGUCCCGUGCCCCUCGAUGCAUAA